AUGUCCACUGACUCUAGCGGCAACGGAGGUGGAAACAGCUCGACUAGCUCACCAAUGUUACAACCACCUUCACCCUCUAUUUUCAGUAGUGGAAGUAGUAGCAGUAGUAACAAUGUAAAUUCAAGUCCAUUGGGUGAUAAUAGUGGUCGACCAAGAUCUAGAAGUAGUUCCUCCACUGUAAAUAUCAAUAAUCUCUUCAAACCUACUAGGGAAGAAGCAGAGAUGGCAUUCAAAUCACUGGAUCCAAACAACCAGAUGUUACAACAACAACAGCUAUAUCACCAACAGUACCAACAGACAGGUGGUACACCACUCACCUCACCACAACAACCCAAACCCUUCAUCAGUAUAAACGACUCACCAGGCAGUAGUUCUUCCAGUGAAAAGUCAAAGCAAGGCUGGGCAUCGAGAUUCGCACAGAUUCCAAAGGAAAAUGUACUGAAAGAGGAACUUGUAUGUUUCAUGAAGGACAAGAAGAUUCGAGGUGUCAUCACACUCACUCCAUACCAACUGAUAUUCCAAUCCAAUGAGAAGUCACCCACUCAGAUAUUCUCUGAUUACAAUCAGAUCAUAUCAUGUAAAUACUUUCCGAAUCACACUGAAUGGUUAGCUCAUUUAUCAAAGGAUUGGAAGAAAGAACAAUAUUUAAUUCAAAAGAAGAAUCAAGAGAAGAAUGCAGACUAUGAGAACUUCAUUCAAUCAGAGAUCUCAAAGCUCAAUGAAAUGGGUGAUGAGAUGACCACCAUGACUAUCAACGGUCAGGUAAAGAAUGUUUUGGUAUUCCCAUGUAUCUAUUUGUUAAUUCAUAAAGAUAAUUAUAUUCAAACUUUGUUCUUUAGAGGUAUAAGUAAAGAGAGUGUACAUAAUUGUUUCGUUUACUUGAAAAAGUGUGUUAGUGAUCGUAAAGAUUCUUCACCAGCUAAUGGUGUUUCACCUCUUUUGGGCGUAUCGCCACCAAUUGGAUCACCAAUACCACUACUGCUCACUCCAACACUACCUACAAACACAACCACAACAACAACAACCUCAGCAACACAACUACUACAACAACAAUUCCUUUCAACAUCAUUUGAAGCGAUUGAUGUUAGCUCCCAAUCUCCAAAACUUGUUAAUAGAUCAAACUUUAAUCAGAAGAUCAUUUUAACUCCUGAUCUAUAUAAAAAACUACGACACUAUUUACCAAUGUCAGUUCAAGGAUCAGAUAUAGAGUUACAAUAUAACACAACCAAUGAUGGUGUAUCAUUCAACACAUGCUACAGAAAGAUGAGAAAUGUUCCGCAGUCUAUUUUAUUAAUUAAGGAUAAUGGUGGAUAUAUAUUUGGUGCUUUCAUUUCAGACGAAUUGAAACCUAAAGCAAAUUUCUAUGGUAGUGGUGAAACGUUCCUAUUUAAAUUGGAACCAGAGUUUCAGGUGUUCAAGUGGACCAAAGAGAAUGAUCUAUUCAUCUAUUCGAGUCUAGAGUAUAUUUCGAUUGGUGGAGGCUCUAUGUUUGGUCUUUGGGUGGAUACUGACUUUUUACACGGGUACAGUGGACCUUGCGAAACAUUCAACAACACAGUAUUGUCUUUCAAAAAUGAUUUUAAUCCUGUUGUAGUUGAAUUCUGGGCAAUUAAAUAA